AUGGGAGCUGUAGCAUCAUGCCUAAGCUCGGUUGUUUCUUCAAUCGCAAGCUUGUUCCACACCAUCUUUAGCGCUAUCGGAAGCGUCCUGCAUACUAUUGUUUCAGCAAUCUCCUCCGCUUUGAUCGCAACAUUCAAUUGCAUCGCUGACGUUCUCUGUUGCCGAUGCGGUGGUGGGCGUAGACGUCGGACGAAAGUCUAG